AAAAAAAAAAACGAUUUUUUUUCGUAAGAGAAAAGGAAAAAAAAAUCGAAACUUGAGGGAUUCAUUCUACAGCGAAUCGCGUGCUUAUGUGUGUUUCUGCCGUUGAUGUGUUUAUCAAAGCAUCAAAUCUUCUCUCCUUACACUUUCCAUCCUUUUUUUUUUCUUUUUUUUUUUUAAUGUAUUUGGAUUUGAUUAAACUAAUUAAUACAAGUCGUCUUCGAAGGCUUAUUUGUGUUUAAAUACGAGAGAGCUUUGGUCUCUUUUUGUUUUUUUGUUUGUCGUUCAGAUCAGAUCCGCAGGUUGCUUCAUUAUAAUCCAGUUUCUUGAGGAACCCCACUUGUGUUUACAAUAAACGUCUUGCCGUUUACUGUUUUUGUGUCUACGUUUCCUGUCGUUUUGGAUUAGUACUUUUAAUCACAUUAAACCGGUUCAUUCCUGAUUUUUCCAAUCCCGGUUCAUUCUUCGUCCCUGAAUUGGAAAGAGCACGAUUCGAGUUAUGAGACCUUUGACUCAAAAUCUCGCUGAAGAAGAAGAGAUACUGUAGAUAAAUUUGUGCUCUCAUUUUCCGGCGCCGGGAACGUCGGAACUCCGGUGAAUAGAUAAUGGGGUUGCAUUUGGCUGCUCUGUUUCUCGCCAUCAUCGUUUCACCCCUCUGUGUUUACUCAUCUGAAAUCCAGAAGAUCAGUUCUAAUCAGAACUUGGUGAAUGAUCUGGACGCAGCUAAGCUCAGAAUAUCUCAAUUGGAAGCUGUUCUUGAGGCAACCAUAAAGAAGGUGGAUGGUAAGACCCUUUACUUGAAAGAUCGUGAUAAGUUGAUCCAAGAUGCUGAAAGUCAGAUCCAAAGUUUGCAGUCUGCUUCAUACAGUGACGAGAGCGGGUUAACUUUAGUCCAGAAAAGGAUAAGCGAGCUGGAAGAAGAGGUUAAAAAGCUAUGGGAUGCCUUGAGAACAACCAACUUCGAGCUUCACGUUUUAGAGGAUAAAGCAAGAGAUGCAGAGGGUAAAGUUAAAGCUAAAGCUUUGGAAGUUGAACAGAUGGUAGAAGUUGUUACGGAGCAGUGGAUUCAGGUUCAGCAUCUUGAGCAGAUGAGAGAAUUUAACAACAGAAGGCAUCACACACCUAGCAGAUGCACCUUCUUGAAGCUCAUGAACGACAUCCAAAGACAUCUGCCCAAAUUUCAUGAGUCACUUGACAUUCACUGGAAGGGAAAGAAGGUUUUCUCUGUGCAAUCAUAUCUCACACAAGCACAGUCACGGUUAAAAAACCUUUGGGAAGCUAUUACCAAAUAUCACCACCAGUUACAAGGCUUCAUCAAGUAUGAGAUGGAGAAAACUGAGAUCACAGCAGCGCUUGCAAACAGAGAAGUAGUGUUUUUCAUGGCAUCUGCAGUGAUCACCUUCCCGGUGUUUGGAGCUUGGAUCUUACUCUCUUCCUAGGUUGAUUUCUGGAAUGACAUGAUCAACCGAUGCAUCAGUUUCUUAUGGCUCAAAACAUUGUCUAGUUUUUUUAAAAAGCGUUGAGGUGGUUCCUUGCGAUCAAUUGCAUCCAUGAGCAAACCGGUUAAUAUCUAGUUAAAACCAGUUAUUACGGGGUAAGAUGCACAGUUGGUGUAUCCAAGAUUAGUUUUUGGGAGUAAAAAAGCGUUGGGUUUUGUUA